AUGGAUUCUAAGGUUCAGAUUGAUUGGGAUGAUUACGGAAUUCAAGAAAAUGUAAAGUUUCGUGAGGCAUUUCUACAAAGCCGUAAUAGAGAUGACCUAGUGGAUACAAGUAUCGGAGCUAUUCGUGAUACGAGAGGGCAAAUUAAGAAGCCGCCGAUUCCAAAGACGACAACUGUAAAACCCCCACCUUUAAAGCCGGCUCCAAAACCCCCAACUGCAAAAUCAGCUCCAAAACCGCCGACCGCAAAACCCGCUCCGAAACCAGCUCCGAAACCGCCGACCGCAAAACCCGCUCCGAAACCAGCUCCGAAACCGCCGACCGCAAAACCCGCUCCGAAACCAGCUCCAAAACCGCCGACCGCAAAACCCGCUCCGAAACCGCAGCCUGCGAAACCAGCUCCGAAACCGCAGGCUGCGAAACCCGCUCCAAAACCGCCGCCUGCGAAACCCGCUCCAAAACAGCCGCCCGCAAAACCAGCUCCGAAACCCGCUCCUAAACCGGCUCCAAAACUGCCGCCUCCAAAACCCGUCGAAAAACCAUCCCCCACCACAAAACCUAUACCAAACAAUAAACCUGCCACAACUCCACCAAAAUCUUUAAAACCACCCACCUUAUCAACACCAACACCAACCACAACUCAAAAACCCGUAAAAACAACACCCUCACUUACCCCAACUUCCCCACAACCUACCCCAAAUCCCGACUGGGAUGAAACCAAUUUAGAUGAAACCAAUUUAGAUGAAACCACGACUUCUUCCCCCUGGGAAGAAAACACGCCACGCUCUCCAUGGGAUGAAAUUACGACGCCCCCAUCCUUACAACAAGGCACCACAAAUUCCCCCCGAUUUUUUAGCACCACCGCAAAUUCAUCCUUGGACAUUGAUGAUGCAAAAUCUGCAUGGGAAUCAAAUGAUGCCAACGAUACGGAUAAUCCGUGGCGAAAGUGA